UCCAGAAAGUUAAGUAUGAUUCAAAUAUAUUUGUCCCAGAAUUUUGCAUGUGUUUUUCAAAAUGAAAUCCAAAUUGCAUAUUGGCAACAAAAUCAGUUUAUAGAAGUAAACUUGUUGUGCUCGACAACUGAAAUUCAUUCAAAGAAUAAUUUCUUCACAAUGGAGUUCACAAUGGACAGGAUGCUGCAUCUAAUACUGACCUUUGCACGUUUUGUUCUACAUUAUUCUUUGUUCAUCUGGUAUGGAGGUAAAGGAAAAGUUGUGCCACCAGUGAAGAAUCCUCUACUUCUAAAAUCUGCUACGAAAUUGGCCCGGGAGAUACGAGAGGGAAAAUGCAAAAGUAAAGAUGUUAUCCAAGCCUACAUAGACAGGAUACUGGAAGUCGAACCCUACAUCAACGCAACGGCAGAGCGUUGCUUUGAGGAUGCUUUAAUGAAGGCGAGAGAAGUAGACGCGCUUGUUGCGUCUGGAAAGUACACGAAGGAACAAUUGUCUAUUGAAAAACCUCUAUUGGGAAUUCCAGUUUCUAUCAAGUGUUUACUUCAUGUUAAAAACAUGCCAUACACUUGUGGAUGCCUUCUCUUCGCAGACCUCAGAGCGAUUGAAGACGCACCUACUGUUGCAGCACUGAAAGAAGCUGGAGCUAUCGUGACUACGACGACUAACGUUCCAGAACUAGGUAUAGAUAUGGAGAGUGGUAAUAAGUUUUACGGAACGACCUGCAAUCCCUAUGACACCAACAGAACAUGCGGUGGAAGCAGUGGUGGCGAGGCUGCCUUGAUCAGCGCCGGAGGUUCUUUGCUUGGAUUAGGUAAUGAUCUUGCCGGAAGUCUCAGAAUUCCAGCUCAUUUCACGGGCAUUUUCUCGCACAAGCCAUCGAAAGGGUUAGUAUCCAAUCGUGGCGCUUUUCCUUUCGGGUUAUUAGGCGAUCCUGAAGAAUGCUGUAAUCCUGAACUUAACAAAUACAUAACAACUGGUCCAAUGUGCCGGUAUGCAGAAGAUCUUAUAAUCAGUAUGAAAGUUCUGGCAUUAGACAAUGAAGUGAGAAUGAAGUUCGAUCAUCCCGUUGACUUCAAGAGGGUGAAAAUUUAUUACUUAACAGAAAUACAAAGCCCUUUGGUUGCACCUGUAGAGGAAGACAUUGCAGAUGCUUUAAAAAAGGCUGUUUCUUAUUUUGAGAAACAAUACAACAUAAAGCCAAAAGAAGUCAAGAUGCCCUACCUAUUCGACAUCAACAAAUGCACACUUAGUGUGUUACAACCUUUAUUUAGAGAUAUAAAAAAGUCGACGAUUGGACGCAAAGAAUUUGGACUAAAUGAAAGAAUGGAAUUUAUGAAGUCUCUUUUCGGGAAAUCCAAGAUACGUUGCAGAACUUUCCUUAACUUCAACUCUGGGGAAAAUUCUCUAAUUUACAAAGAAAGCCAAAGUUCCUACUAUCAAAAUAUGAUCGAAAAUUGGAUGGGCGAAUUCAAAGCACUUCUAGACGAAGAUAGUGUUCUUUUGAUGCCGACUCUUCCUUUUACUGCACCGUACCAUUUAGAAACCUAUCCUCUGCUCCUCAGUGCCUGUUAUCUAUCAUUGUUCAAUAUUCUUGGGAUGCCAGCCACACAUUGUACAUUGGGUCUCACCAAACAAGGAUUACCGUGUGGUAUACAAGCUGUUGGUUGCCAAAACAAUGAUCCUUUGACCAUUGCAUGUGCUGUCGAGUUGGAAAGAGCAUUUGGCGGAUGGAAAUUGUGUUAAUUGUUAACAUUGUGACAGUUAUACUUACCUUCAGAUGCAUCAGUUUUUAAAUGUUCAUCAUGAACUUUGCUUAGAACUUUUAUCUCACAAUUAUUUUUAAGCCACAAAACUGUUAAUAAACUGUUUGAUUGCAUGAUGUGAUUUUUAGCAAUCAAAUUAAUUUUUAAUUAAUCACAGAAUCAAAUUUAGUUAAUGAAAUUAAUUAAUGUUGUUUCUUAUGGCACUUGCCAUUGGCAAGCCCGCUGUUCGAAGACAGCGGAUUUAAGCCUGGGGAGGGGGGGGGAGCGCCUCUUGUUUCUAUAGUAGCGCCAUCUAGGGCCAAGAGAACGACUUUAGCUACACACACGUCACAACCCUUUUUACGGGGCGGACUUCAUUCACUCAAACACAGAUCGUAAUUUAGACUUGAAUCAGAGAACGAUCACCCCUGAUUCAGUACCCCCCAGUGGUAUUACGCUCGACAUGGAGGACUUUGUGACCACCACAGAUUUAACGCGCGUCAGCCACCAAGCACACGGGGAAUCUUCGGCCGGCGGGGUUCAAACUCGCAACCAAAGGGACGCGAAUCCGACGCUCUACCAACCAGGCUAUAAACUGUUCGAUGGCAUGUUGUGAUUUUAGCAAUCAAAUUAAUUUUUAAUGAAUUAUUGUUAUUAUUUUGCAAAUGUUGUGUGCCAUAGAAACAUAACAAAAACCUAGAUGUUUCAUUUUUUUUUUAUUUCAACGUAUGAAAAAAGAUCGUGAUUAUUCUAGUUAAUUAUUGAUUAAUCAAAAUUAAUUCGUUAAUCAAAUUAAUUAUUUUCUAAUAAGAUAAAUAAAUUAAUUUUUUGAAUAAAUCUCAUUUCCAAAAAUAAUUUUGUUCACUUUUACUAGAAGAAUGUGGUCCAUAAAAUUUUUUAUUGAACUAAUCUUUAUUAAAAUUAGAGAUGAAUGUCUGUAAGUGUAUGUGCUUGAAUAUGUGUGUAUGUUGGCGCUCUACAGAGUAGACCGAUUGAUUUACAAACAUCAAAUUUGCAUAUUUAUACGUUAGAGAGCAGAACUGUGGACCUGGGAAAAAUUUGUUUGAAAUUUUAAUUAAUUAAAAAUUAAGUCGAUUUCUUUUUGUUUCCCCUCGUUAAUUUCCAAAAAUAUUGUGAAAAAUGAAUUUUUAAUUUUUACUCAAAAAGGAAUUGUACGCUGUUUAAAAGAAAAAUAAUUUUCUUUUUUAAAAUGUCAAUUAAGAGUGCACAAUUUUCCUGAAUUUUGGUAUUUUUUUAGAAAAUAUUUUUUUGCCUAAUUUCAAACAAUAGAUUAUGUUGUUAAUUUGAAAUUCAAAACCUGUUCACCAUUUUAUUUGAUAUUUGAUCGCUGGUUUUUUUUCCACAUUUGAAAAGACCCCCGGGGGGCACCUCGAAAUGAGGAUGAGAUGCUUCCGGCAUGGUGGUUGGAUCUCGCCACCCUGGAGGGUACACUAAUAGGUGGGGGAUCUGACUCCUCCCAUCGAUGACGGGACGUAUUUCCUUCGGGUAGAGUUGUACCGUGGCCGGUGACGGCCCUUAGGAUUCAACCACAGUUCCCGCCAAUGUUGCUGUUGCAGCGGUCCGGUCAUUCAGUUUUAUGGUUAAAUCCGUGUGCCUUCGUGGCGGGUCGGAGAGUUAGAUGAUUGACUUUCCACAUUUGAAAGCUAAGGAAGAAAAAUUCUGUUUAAUAUUUGUGCAGUUUACAAGGGGAAUAAAAACUGAAUUUGAAAUACCGCGAAAGUUAGAUGAAAGAUGAAUUGGAUUACUGCGUUUUCAAUACCACUAUGACGUCAUGGGACUGGUCUCCAUUAGGAAUGUUCAUGUUCCAAAUGAACAAAACUAUGCAAGACAAUUAAAAUAACCACUUUAAUUAUAAAAUUUGACGUAACCAUGGACAUGGAAUUAACUCUAAGUGAUUCAAAUAAAAUUAAACAUAAUCAAUAUCCCAAGUGAUUUAUUUAGCUGGCAAGAAAGGGCAAGUUUGAUAUAAUUUUGAUUUCUGUAAAUUCUGCGACUAAAUGAUUAGGGCAUUUGCAUGUACAGACAUCAUCAAUAGUACAACUGAUGGAGAAUAUUGUAACUUUUUAAAAAUUUAUUUUCGCAUCAAUUAAAAUCCUAAGGUUGGAAUCAUUUCUAGAGUAAGUCUAGUUAUUUUAGGCUUACAGAGUUUUUAAAAUAGAGUUCCACAUUUGAUAGCCAGUUUGUAUGUGGUGUAAAUUAAUUGUAUGUAAAUUAUUAAUGUGAUGUAAUUAACACUGAUAUUUCAUUAUAGCAGUGUUAAAAAUUGUUUUAUCAUUUGAAAAAUGCAAUAUAUUUUAAUAUUGGAUUUUGGUAGCGUUUUCAUAAGUUCUUUUGCUUAAUAAAUAAAUUUCAAAACAA